AACUCCCUCCCCUUAACCCUUCCUUGUCUGUCUGGGAGAGAGAGUUUGUUCCUUUGGCCUCUCCUUCCUUCUCCUCCUUCUUCUCAUCCUUCUCCUUCUGGAAAUGUGAUUGUUGGCUAAGAAUUUUGGAUCAGAGCCUGUUCAGUUGAGAGAAGAGGGAGGAAGAGCAUCUUGGAUCCAAUUUGCUUCUUCACCAAACUGGUUCCACAAUGGAGAGACCCAGCUCACCUGGACUUGAAGCAGGCAGGGCUGCUGAGAGCAGUUGGGAUUUCUGGGAAAGAACUACACAGACUUUCCUGAACAUGCACAUAUAUCGCCAGCGCUUCAGGCAGUCUUAUUACCAAGAGGGCGAGGGACCCAGAGAGGUUUGCAGCCGCCUCCACGAUCUCUGCCGCCAGUGGCUGAAGCCAGAGCAACACACCAAGGCUGAGAUGCUGGACCUGGUGAUCCUGGAGCAGUUCCUGAGCCUCCUGCCCCCAGAGAUGGGGAGCUGGGUCCGAGAGUGUGGGGCAGAGACCUGUUCCCAGGCGGUGGCCCUGGCGGAAGGCUUCCUCCUGAGUCGGGCAGAGGACAAGAGGCAGGAGGAACAGACCCAAAUAAACUGUAAUGAAGUCCAGCCUGAUGUCCCUGCAUCAGAGAAUUUUCCAUCAGACACCACCCAGAGCUUCCAGCAGAAAGAGUUCAAGCAGGAAGAUGGGACUACAGCCUUGGAGGAGGCUGGAAUGAUGUUGUUGCCAAAUCCUCAGUCGUUUCUUCCCCUUUGUGAUGGAGUGGAACUGAAUCAGGGCCCAAUCGCCUUUGAGGACGUGGCUGUCCAUUUCUCCCUGGAGGAGUGGGCUCUUCUGAAUCCUGAUCAGAUAGUAUUGCACGUGCAGAUCAUGGAGGAGAUUCAAGGGAUUGUGGACUCUCUUGCAGAUAACUGGAAGAAGAGCAAUGUAUGCACCAAAUUCAGAAAGCAUUGUGGGCACAAGGGGGGCCUUUGUAGACACCAGCAAGCCCACAUUGAGGAUGAAGAUUCUGCCAGAGAAAGGCCCUACAUAUGCAAUGUAUGUGGGCAAUAUUUUACCCAAAAUGUGGCACCUGUGCUUCACAAGGCACUCCAUGCUGGGAAAAGCUGUCUUAAAUGGAAAGUAUCAGCAAAAUGUGUGCUUGAUUAUAAAUUGCCAGAUCUGUGCCAACAAGAAAUCUUCGAAGGAACUGAGGAUUUCAUGAGCCAGGAGUGUGGGAAAUAUUUUAUCCACAGUUCACACUUGGUGAAACAUAGGUUUCACACAGGACAGGAACCAUACCAAUGCCUGGAGUGUGAGAAGUGUUUCACUUACAGUUCAGAAUUGGUGAGACACACAGGAGAGAAGUCAUAUCAAUGCCAGGAGUGUGGGAAAUGUUUUGCUUACAGUUCACACUUGGUGAGGCACAAAAGACUCCACACAGGAGAAAAGCCAUACCAGUGCCAGGAGUGUGGGAAAUGUUUUGCUGAUCGUUCAGACUUGGUGAAGCACAAAAGACUCCACACAGGAGAGAAACCAUACCAAUGCCAGGAUUGUGGGAAAUGUUUUGCUUACAGUUCCCAGUUGGUGAACCACAAACGACUCCACACAGGAGAGAAGCCAUACCAAUGCCAGGAGUGUGGGAAAUGUUUUUCUGAAAAUUCUGCCUUGGUGAGUCACAAAAGACUCCACACAGGAGAGAAGUCAUACCAAUGCCAGGAGUGUAGGAAAUGUUUUGGUUACAGUUCAGACUUAGUGAAACAUAAAAGACUCCACACAGGAGAGAAGCCAUACCAAUGCCAGGAGUGUGGGAAAUGUUUUGCUUAUAGUUCAGACUUAGUGAAGCACAAAAGACUCCACACAGGAGAGAAGCCAUACCAAUGCCAGGAGUGUGGAAAAUGUUUUGCUUCCAGUUCAGACUUGGUGAGGCACAAAAGAUGCCACACAGGAGAGAAGCCAUACCAAUGCCAGGAGUGUGGGAAAUGUUUUGCUUCCAGCUCACAGUUGGUGAACCACAAAAGACUCCACACAGGAGAGAAGCCAUACCAAUGCCAGGAGUGUGGAAAAUGUUUUACUCAGACUUCAUCCCUUAAGAAGCACCAGAGAAUACACACAGGCUAAAAAUAGCCUUUGUGGGUAAAGAUCUGGAUUAAAACAGGACCGUUUGAGAAGUUAUGUCUAAGAUUUGGCGGAGUCCCCUUUCUUGUCAUUUGAAUCUCUAAAUGCAGGCCCUGUUCUUGGAGCAGCAGAAAGCAAGCUCGCUGUGACAAUCCUUCAGAGGGUUAAGUAUGAUUGUUAUGUCACCUAUUCUGAAAAAAAUAAAUAAACAUAUGUAAUUCCA